AUGCGCUUCCUCACCCUCCUCGCGUUCGUUCCCCUCGCCCUCUCCCUCGCUCCCAACGUGGCUCCCCGGGCGGUCUCCAACAUCGGCGCCAUCACCGACGCCCUUUCUCUCCCCGAUACCGUCUUUGUCAACGCGCAAAACAAAGCAUUCGUCUGCAAAGACUUCCAGACGCGUAAGGAGAACUGCCGGUGUCGUGAUGGCUUGAUCAAGCCCAACGGAUACAAGCCGGGGAACGCCAUGCCCGCAGACAAUUGUCGGUGCGACGACUCCAAGAACUCGGUCGGGUACGAGGAGACGAACAGGGCUGGCGUCACCGUUUUGAAGUGCAGCUGUCCUCAUGAUGGGGCUGACGGAAUUUACGGCAACGACCAAUACUAUGAUUACAACAUGAACCGAUGUGUCUGCCAGGACAGCUUGGUCGAGACUCGCACCGGCGGUGUUCUGUCCUGCACGCCCCCCGCUCAACCGUCCCCCAAGACCGGAUCCGGCCGCCGUCGCUCCCUCAAGUCCGCCCUCGAGCAGCGCAAGCUGGACGCUGAGUCCCGCGCGGUCGAGAACACUCUCCAGUGCAAGGCGUCAGAGAAGGCCUGCCAGGUCGGUGCUGAUUGGUCCUGCGUCGAGGUCAUGACUAGCUUGACUACGUGCGGCGGUUGCGCUGGCGAGGCUGUCGACUGCGGAGCUCUCCCCAACGUCAGCGAAGUCCACUGCUCGGCUGGUCAGUGCGUGAUCGACUCCUGCGCGCGCGGCUUCAAGCUCGUCCACCCCCUCUCCGCCCGCGGUACCACCACGACGCAGGCUGCAACCUGCCAGCCCAUCCGUCGCCUCGGCUCGAGCUACUUCGAGAUGCAGGGCGCUCGGUCUUUGUAA